AGUCAGUCUUCCAAAAUGAUUAGAUCUUUAUUGCUGAUCGGGGUUCUAUAUCUGGUUUGGGUGGCUGCACAGGACUUGGUUCCCGACGACCCAGAAGUCCAGAUGCAAAGGCACGCCCAGUUUUACGAGGCUCGUGUUGCCUGUGCGAUUGAGAAUAUGAUUCCAUACGUUAAAACUUGGGUUUUGUUUGCUUUGCUGAGCUUGUGUAGCGUGGGUUGUGUCAAGGCUCUUCAGGAUCAAGCCAAGGAUAAUGGCGACAUUUUCAUUAUAAACUAUGAUAGCUUUGAUGGCGAUAUAGAUGAUAUAUCCACUACUACACCAGCUCCUAGAGAAGCUGACUAUGUAGAUUUUGAAGAGGUUAACAGGAACUGCAAUGCUAGUUUCAUAACUUCAUCGAGCAAUGUGUUGCAGUUUAAUAGCACGGGAGAAUUGCCUGACGACAAGGACAAGGCAACCAGCAUGUGUUAUUUCAACUGCUUCUUUGAAAAGUCUGGUUUGAUGACGGACUACAAGCUGAAUUCGGACUUGGUGCGCAAAUAUGUCUGGCCAGCCACUGGCGAUUCCAUUGAGGCUUGCGAGGCCGAAGGCAAGGACGAGACGAAUGCCUGCGUGCGUGGCUACUCUAUCGUCAAGUGCGUCUUCAUUAGAGCCCUCACGGAUGCUAGGAACAAACCCACCGUUUGAGCAUCAGCAAAGUUUAAGUCUUGGACUAAUCAACACACAAUUAUAAUAUAAGCGUUACAAAACAAAAUAUUGCUACCACAAAUGCACUUAGUUGGAUAUAAACCGCAGGCACAUGCAA